GAAGGAAUCCCGGGGACACGGGGAGGAAACUCACCAUAUAGGGUCAUCUACGUCACCCCCUCGUGACCAGAGAGCGGCACCUCCUCGGCCGGCACCAUUUCCCGUCAGGGGGUGUGUGUUCUUGGAUGCCCAUCUGAUUUAUGAGUCUCGGCGCCCAGUCCUCUUCUCCCAGUCCUGCUGAGACGCUGAAGAAUUAUCUGCGAUACCACGCACCACAUCCUGUUGUCGACAUAGCUGGAAGAAGAUCUAGGUGGAUUCAAAACAGAGCCCAGGAGAGUGCUUUCCCCCCUCCGGGUGAAGUCCGUAUUGGAAUCGCUCUAACUCAUUCAUAAGAAAAGACCCGGGCGCUGCGGGUGUGAGUCAGAGCGGUGUGCUGGUGACAUCAGGGAAAACAGCGGAGGGUUCCUGUACCAAACCCGGCGACUGUGCUUCAGUAGUGGAAGAGUCGACCGUUACUACAGCGGGGAUGUUUCGGGAUUACGGAAGCAACUGCAGCGGGGGCAGCGGGGGGCCGUUCGGGGGCCCCGGAGCGAGCAGAGCCCCUAACCCGGGAGGAGCGGACCGGUCCGGCGCGGCGCAGCUGCAGAAGCAGGGCGGCUCGGACACAGUGCCCUUCGUGCCCAGUCUCAACGCCAUCACGUCCAGCCAGGACCUGCAGUGGAUGGUCCAGCCUGCCAUGCUGUCGGGGCCACAGGGAUCCCCCCGGUUGCCCUACUACCCCUGUGCUGCCCCACUGCCCCUGCCCGGUGCCUCCGGCCGCCCAGGGGUCAUCAGAGCAGUGGGUGUGGCCGGCAGUGCCCGGAGAAGGCACGACGAACAUCUGUCUCCGGAGGAGCUGGAGCGCCGGCGCGUCAGGAGGGAGCGGAACAAGCUGGCAGCAGCCAAGUGUCGGAAUCGCCGUCGGGAACUGACCGAGACGCUGCAGACCGAGACGGAUGAGCUGGAGAGUGCCAAGUCGCGGCUGCAGAAGGAGAUCGCCGAGCUGGAGAAGGAGAAGGAGAAGCUGGAGCUGGUUCUGGAGGCUCACCGGCCCAUCUGCAAGAUCCAGGAGUCCGACUCCGACUCCGACCCCCCGCCGGGGCUGUCCGCCCUGCGCCCGGUCAAGAGUGAGCCGGCCAGAGCCAGGGAGCCACCUUCCUCCUCCUCCUCCUCCUCCUCCGCCACGGCCCAGACCCAGGGGCGCCCCAAAACCAGGCUGCCCCCCAAGAUCCGCCUGCCCGCGUCCUCCGCGCCGGACGCCGAUGCCCUGCACACCCCCGUGCUGCUGACCACGCCCUCGCUCACGCCCUUCACUGCCAGCCUGGUCUUCACCUACCCCCCCAGCCCGCUGGACUCCGGCGCCGGCGCCGCCGCGGCCCCCCCCGCCGCCCGGGCCCAGCCCUGUGGCGCCGCCCACCGGCGCAGCAGCAGCAGCGGGGAGCAGUCGUCCGACUCCCUGAACUCACCCACCCUGCUGGCGCUGUGAGCCGGCCCGUCACCACGGCGACGGCUCCGAGCCCGAGCUGCUCUCCCCGCCGACAGCAGGGGGCAGCGGAGUCGCUGGGGAACACGGGGAAAGGCUUCCCAAGGCGGGGACCGGGAUCCGGAGGCUCUGCGGAUCGGGAGCCAGGGCCGCAAGAGUCGAGGCGGGAAUUUCAUCCUCGCUCCUGGAGCAGCCUUUACACAAAGGGUGGUGGGAGGGUUCGACAAGAGGAGGCCCUUCCCCGGAUUCCUUCGAGAGCCACCGGGAUCGGAGAUCCUCGCACCAAUUAGCAACUGGGCAAUAAACGCGCUGGGCGGACUGGAGGGCCCCUUGCCUGUGUGUGAUGUUUCCAGUCAGAGCAGGGUUAGGGUUAGGGUUGCUAAUCUCGCUGAUUUCACUGACAGGCCUCACUAUAAGCUGUUCCCGAGUGCAACUCGCAUGUCUGAGUCUCACGCUAGAGUCUCCUUGUACCUUUUUUACAGAAUAUCACCUACUAAAUCAGAAAUUAGAGAGAUAUAUUUAUUGCAGAAAAAGAUAUUUUUGUAUAACUUAUUUUCAUAUGACUGAAAUUUAUGGAUGUUUGUGUUUUUGCAAGCUGAGUUAUGAAAAUAAAGCGAAGGAAAGCUGA